AUGUAUAUGAGAUCUUUGGAGGCUGGCAAGUUUAUUCCGAGUGCUGAAACACUACAGUAUAGGAAGUGUGGAUACGUUAGAUUUGUGAAAUGUAUAGAUAUGUGCGAUGUGUGGGAUGUUUGCAUGUUGAGAUGCGUGAAACGUGUAAGUAGUGUGCACGUGGGUGGUAUGCGUGGAAUGUGUGAAUGUGUAGCAUGCGUGGAAUGUGUGAUAGUGUGUGAUGUGUGGUAGUGUGUGAAUGUGUGUAAUUUACGCAUUUACGGAAUGUGCGAUCGUGCAAAUGUUGAGAUGUGUGGACGUGAAAUGUGGAAUGUUGAGAAACGUGAGUGUCGAAAGUAUCGGAUUGGAGAAUGUGUGGGAUUGGUUGUGGUAAAAAAUAGUUAUGUUUGUAUUAUUUGUGUUUUACUUGUAAGUGGUGAAGCCACUGGUCACCUGGUAUGUAUAGUUGUCACCUGGUAUAAUGGUCACCUGAUGCAGAUUCUGCAAAAUAUUAGCAUUCCUGAUCGUAACCGGAUGUCAAGACUUCAGAUGCCAAAAUGCUGUCUUACCUUGCACUGCAUUUCAGUCAACCGCCCAGCAACUCCAGAAUAUGUCACUGAUUCUGGAGUUGAAUCGCAUGCUGACACUUUGGCUGUACUUAUCCCGCGCUCAGAUUUGCUGUACUCAUCGUUUUUGCUUCGUCCUCGUGAAAUCCAUAAAGACUGUAGAAAGAGAUGCUUCCGAGCGCCUUCUUGA